AUGGACAUAACUAGGAACGGAGACGAAAUUGCAGAGUUACUUCAGAGAUUUACCUAUGAUACUGCUUGCAAAUUGGUUUUGGGUCAUGAUCCGACUGUACUUUCAAUUGAUUUACCAGAAUAUCCACACCAAACAUUGUUCGGUGAUGGUGGGGAAGCUGUGUUUUAUAGGCACUUUCUGCCAGAAAGCUGCUGGAAGCUGCAAAGCUGGCUUCGAAUGGGGGCAGAAAAGAAGCUGAGUAAUGCCUUGAAGACCUUGCAUCAGUUUCUAGACAAUUGUAUCUCAUCAAAACGUGAAGAAUUAAGAAAUAGGAGCAUAACCAAAAUGGAAGAUAAAGAUCAAGGGGAGUUUUCUGACUUGCUAACACUCUUCAUGAUAAUUGCGGAAGAAAUAAUUGGUGUUACACUUUCUGGUGAUUCUGAAAAGUUUCUGAGAGACAUCCUUUUGAAUUUCUUGUUUGCCGGAAGAGACUCUUUAAGUGCAGUUCUCAGUUGGUUCUUUUGGCUUGUUGGGACCUACCCAAUAGUAGAAAAGGAGAUUCGCGAAGAAAUCAUACAAAAUUUGCCAGUGAAAGAAGAUGGAAGUUGGAGUUUUUCCUGUCCAGAAGAUGUAAAGAAACUAGUUUAUCUCCGUGCAGCGAUCUGUGAAACAUUAAGGCUAUACCCACCGGUUGGUUUGAAUCACAAAGCUCCACUGCAAAACGACUUUCUUCCAAGUGGCCAUUGCAUGAAUCAGAAUACAAAAACUGUGCUUUCUUUCUACUGGAUGGGAAGGAUGGAGACGAUAUGGGGCAAAGAUUGCUUAGAGUUUAAGCCCAGGAGAUGGAUUUCAGAGAAAGGUGGGANCUUUCUGGUGAUUCUGAAAAGUUUCUGA